AUGAGCACCUGGAUGAACGAGGCCGCGGUCCCCAACCACAAUGGCAACGGCUUCCCUCAUAUGAACGAUCCCAAUGCUGCUGGAGCCAUGAUGGAUCCUUCAGCCUUCAUGGGCAGCCCUGCCCAUUUCAAUCCCGCCCAGUUUGCCAAUCCCCAGCAGGCCCAGCAACAGCAGCAGCAGCAACAACAGCAGCAGCAGCAGAUGGCCGCCAUGCAGAAUGGCCAGAUGCGCAACGCUUCGCCAUCAUCUUUUCAGAACCCCGCCUAUCAAACAAACUCCGUCAUCCCCUCCAAACGUCCUCGUCCUCGUGAAGAAAGCCUCGCCGGCUCACCGCGACAAAAUCCCGGCAUGCUGCCUACGUCGCGCUCCGAGACGCCCCAGACCUUCCCCGGCUAUCAGGGCGCGAUGCCCCAACAACCUCAAGGCCAGCCAUCGCCCUAUCCCCAUCUCCAGAAUGGCUCUGCGAACGCGACGCCAUCUCCCAUCAUGGCGAACCAGCUUCGCCCAGGCAGCGUGCCCCAACGAGUCGCGACCGCAUCGCCGCAUCCCUUCUCGCCUGGCGCCCAGCAAUUCGCUCCCCAGGCAUCGCCGAAUCCAUCCGAACACAGCACGCCCCAGCCGAAUCCCUACAUGCAAAACGUCCCCAAUAUGCCACCGGGCUUCAACCCCAACUACACGCCGACACAGCAAUCGCCCGCGCGACCCUCCCCGAACCCGAACGCGAUGGCCGGCGGUAUGAUGCCCCAGCAGAUGGGACAGAUGCCACAACACAUGGGCCAGAUGCCGAACCAGAUGCUGCCUCCCAACAUGCAGCCCCGGAAUCCGAUGGAACAGCAGCAAAUGGCUGCCUACCAGGCGCGACUUCAGAAACAAUUACAACAGGGCAACAUGCAGGGCAUGCAAAACAUGCAGAAUAUGCAGAACAUGCAAAAUAUGCAGAUGGCGGCUCAGAUGCAAGCUCAAAACAUGGCCCAAGGUCGCGGCAUGAUGCCGAAGCAGCCCCCGGGUAUGCAGAUGCCGAACGGUCAAAUGCCCCCGGGCGCAAUGCGACCUCAGCAGCAGCAGCGCCCGAUGCCCCGGACCGAUCCCGAGCAGUUCAUGAAGAGCCUCAGCACCUUCAUGACAGCCAAGGGACUCCAACUCGACGCUAGCCCCGUUAUUGGGAAUCGUCCUGUCAACUUGUUGACUCUGUUCCAAGCCGUUCAAGCCAAGGGCGGUUACAAACCAACCACGGCAGGGAACCAGUGGCCGCAUGUUUCCAACAGCGUCGGAUUUCAUCCGGGACAAAUUCCCCAGGCGCCGCAGAUGAUGAAGGAGAUAUACGAAAGAAACCUGCUCAGGUUUGAGGAGGCGUGGGUUGCGCAGACGAACCGACAACGCAUGAUGCAGCAACAACAGCAGGGCAUGCCCAAUCAACCAAUGCCUGGUCAACCGCCCCAAGGGACUCCUACCAAGCAGAUGUCUCCCCAAGGCCAAAUACCCCAGCAACAGAUGAUGCCGCAAGGCCAACCGCCGAUGCCGCCUCAAGUUCAAACGCCUGUUAAGCAAGGGUCGUUUAGCGGCCAGCCUCCGGCGUCCGUUAACGGUUUCCAGACUCCUCAGCCACCAGGACAGCAGACGCCAGUAAAUGUUCCUCAGGGUCACGCCCGCAACAGUUUAUCACGAAGUGUAGAGCCGACAUCCGGUCAUCCAAAUUUCCCUGCAGCUUCGCCUGCUUCUGCGAAGACCGGUGGAAUGCCGAUGCCUGCUCCUCCCACCAUGGAUCAGAACCCUAUGGCUGCGUCUAUUAAGCCUCGUAUGCUUCGGCUUGCACAGGAAUCGGAGGAGUACACCCCAAGCGCGCGCCCUCUUGAGGCCUUUGGCGGCAUCAACGUGCGCGCUUUUGAUCUGAAGGGCUUGGAGCUCCAAGGCCUGAAGCCAGACAUCCCGCCUCCGUACGAGCUGGGCUACGUGGACUUGCACGCGCUCACCCGAAGUUUGGAGUCCGGUAUUCACGGCGAAGUUCGACUGGCGCUCGAUACCUUGGCCACCGUCACAGCAACUCAGCAUCAGGCUUUGCACAUCCAUCUCAAGUACUGCGAAGAACUAAUCGAGGCCUUGCUGGAAUGCGCAGAGGAGCAGCUAGACUUCCUCGUGGAGAACACGGAAGAGUCCUCUGCAGAUAUUCAACUUGUACCGUACGAGGAUGUGGCGCGUGCUUGCUGGACGGAGAAGAUGGGCGUCAAGGAACUCCCCAAGUUUGGAUCGCCAGAGUACGAGCUCGACCGGGCGGUUGACAGAUUCUCGUGCAUCAUUACGAUCCUGCGCAACCUGUCGUUUCCGGAGGCGGCAAACGAGAACCACAUGGUUCUUGGCGACGAGUUGGUGAUCAAGUUUUUGUGCGCCGUCAUUCGGUUCCUCGGCACACGCAGCAUGCUGUUCCGGACGAGCGCGAACACUCUCGAGUUCAUGAAAGACGCCAUCAUUCUGCUGUCCAACAUCGCGGGUGCCGUGGAGAUACCCGGUCGUGAGCAAGCGCUCUGCUUGCUGCACUUCUUGUUGGCAUUCGCCCCGGCCCCAGGUCCUGUCGCGGUAGAAGACAAGCUUUAUUUCCCCCCAUACCAGCCCGGUGUUCACACCUACGCCUUCCACGCGGUUGACGCCUUGGCCAGGUUCCUCGCUAGAGACGAGCCCAACCGGACCCACUACAAGACAAUAUUCGCCAUGGAUGCCAACAGCACUCCGCAAUACGAUUUGUUGACGCGGGCCUUUGCUCUUGCGACAACAGUCAUUCCGAUCCAGUCCCCCGAAUCAGCGGUGGCGCACAUGGAAACUCCCGAAAAGUUCUUCCGACUCAUCGAGGACCGUAAACCGUGGCUCAUGCAGGGUCUGCUCGCUACUGAUAUCAUAGCAUCCCUGGCACCCGGGCAUGAGACCGGCAUCGCCAAGGCGUGGCUCACCAGUGGCAACGGAUUUGCGCAAAGCCUCUAUCACUUCGUCCAGGUAUUGGGGGCGCAGUUCGAACAGCCUUGGCAAACGCGAAGCGGUCAGGGCGAUCCUGCCGGCCGAGACACAGGACUGGUAUAUAUCGCGACAUGCGGUAUUUCGACCCUGCGGCGGUUGGCUGAGAAGUCGCGAGAUCCGAACGAUCCCAAAUCGACGCUCCCUGCCGAUGCGUUGCCAUCCGAAGAGAGCCUCUUCAAGAUGAUGCUGAUGCGGGCACCCGAGUGGACCAAGGACGGUGUGAUCAAGAACCUCACGGCUUACGCGGCAGUGGAUCGGUAG